UAAACCCCGCACGUUUGCGACGCAAAUCGCCCUCUGGCUGUCACCGGCGCCUUCUCGGAGUCACUCUCCGUAGCUCUCGUCGUCGGCGUCUCACUUGAGGUAUGAUUUAUUAGUUUAUAUGCUAUAUAGUUAGCUGUUGAUCAUGUUACUCUGUGUAUCAUUGGUCAUUAUGUGGCUAUUAAUCAUUUGUUUCACUAUAUGGGGUUUGUAUUCUUGAGCAUUUCUUGAGAUAUUCUUGUAAUCGGUCUCUAAAUUCUCAAGUCUUGAAAGCGUAAAUCAGUUGAGGCAAGCCUUUUGAGACUAUGCAUAUUAUCUUAUAUCUGUUAUUAAUAUGGCGCUCAAACUUGUUUAAAAUUUGCCUGCCUUGGGUGUUCUUGUUCUUAUUUGAUGGAGGAUUCGCUGAAACUUGAUCUGGCAAUGUGCGUGUCGAAUUGAUUUUUUUUUGUAAUUGUUAAUUUAUUUCCGGAAAAAAAAAACGCUACACCAUAUUUUUGUAAAUGAACUUAAGGAUGAUGGAUAUGAAUUAUAUUUUUGGAAUUUUGAAAAAUCUAAACGAGCAGAUUUUGUUCACCAAUAGCUUGUGAGUCUAAUAAUUUGGAAUCAACUUGUUUAAUAUGUAAGUUUAGCCAAGCUGAUAUCAAGGGGCUAUGCAAGCUGUUCAUUCAACUGGUAAAUAAUGUUUCGGUUGUCCUUACAUUAAAGUAAAACCACAUUUCAUUCGCUACCCUUGAAUGUUAGGCUCAGCCCCUUUGAUCCUCAAGAGUCGAAAAGCUAAAAAAGGAAUGAAAACUAAUGAGGGCAAAGGAAAGAAUGAACACGGGCAUGUAGACAAUAAGUGCUAGCUUUUUCCUUAUCAACUUGUGCGAGUAUCGGGGGAUAUAAAAUACAAAAUGCACUAUUUGGUGUGGUUCUUGCACAAUGCAGAUUGCUGAUUUAAUUUAAAAUUUUUUUUUCCUUCCUUAUUUGAGUUUAGUUUUAUAUAGCCAUUUCUCAUCUCUUUCUGAAUUUUUCAACAUCAAGACGGUGUGGCUUUUUAUGGGUACAAGUCCAUAGUAGCUUUGAACCUUUGAUUCUUUACCUAAACCCCAUCACGUUCAACACUCUCCAAAUUAUCACCUUCUGUUGCUCUCCCUCUAGCCGUCACCGACGUCUUCUUGGAGUCACUCUCCACAGGUCUCGUGGCCAGCAUCUUUCUUGAGGACUAAAAGCAUCUGGUAGCUUAUCACUGAGACAUGGUUUGGAGGAGUUUACUCUGCAGGCAUGCCAUCAAAAAACUACCUAGGCACAGCUUAGCUCCACCAUUAUUUUACUUUGAUGUUUGUAAAACUAGCUCCACCACUGCACUUCCUACAUUUCUUUCAGUUCAUUCUUUUGAUCACAGCUAUGGCUUCACUACCUUUGUGUCACAUAGAUGCCUGAACUCCAUUUCGUCCUUCUCUAGACACCUUCAUUCUACUGCACUAACUAGACCAAACAAUUUGGAAUUUGACCCUAAAGUUACUUCAAAGGUGGAGGACGAGGAGGCAAAUGUAGCAAUAAAUGAGUUUCUAUCACAGGUUGUGUGGAUAAUGCGUAAGAAGCUCAUUGAAGCUUAUCCAGCCUCUGAUAAGCAAACAAUUGAUGGCAUGCUAUUGAUCAUCGUUGGCAAGGUUGUGUCAGAGUUGGAAAAGGGCGGGUUGCAGCCGAUAAUGAAUUCGGCGGCCUCUGCUUCUCAAGAUUUUAGUGAGGAUUUGUGGAGGACUGUCUGGGAAGUAAGCAAUACUGUGUUGGAUGAUAUGAAUAAGGAACGGAAGAAGGAAAGGAUGAAAGGUUUUUUGCAGUGUGAAGAAGUUAAGGAGAUGUGCAGGUUUGCGGGUGAAAUUGGUGUCCGUGGGACUUUGCUUAGAGAGCUUAGAUUCAAGUGGGCGCGUGAGAAAAUGGAGGAACAUGAGUUUUAUGAGAGUUUGGAGCGCCUGAGGAAAGAGGCACAAGCUGAAGAAAAUGUGAAAACAGAUAGCGUGAAGGUUGAUGCUGUUGGGGAGACAUCUAAGACUGUUACUCUCCCUAAGAGGCGGGGGAAGAUAAACUACAAGAUAUAUGGGCUUAAUCUCUCUGAUCCUAAGUGGGCAGAAGUUGCUGACAGAAUUCAUGAGGCAGAGGAACUCAUUUGGCCGCCUGAGCCAAAACUUCUAUCUGGGAAAGCCAAACUUAUAACUGAUAAAAUUAUUUCAUUAAAUGAGAUGGAUGAUCCGUCUUCACUGAUAGCUGAGUGGGUAGAGAUUCAUCAACCUAGCAGGAUAGACUGGGUUAACUUACUUGACAAAUUGAAAGAGAAGAAUGUUCCAUUGUACUUAAAGGUAUCAGAAAUUGCAUUGACAGAAAAGUCUUUCCAAACAAAUAUCUGGGAUUAUUCUAAGCUUAUUAGUGUCUAUGCUGAAGAGAGCAAAUAUGAUGAUACUGAGAGGAUUCUCAAGAAGAUGAGUGAAAAUGGUUUUCUUCCAGAUGCUAUAAUAGCCAAUACGUUGAUUCACAUGUAUGCCAAAGCGGGUAAUUUUGAUCGCGCAAAAGAAGCAUUUGAAAGCUUGAGAAGCCAAGGUGUCCAACCAGACAUGAAAAUAUAUAAUGCGAUGAUUAUGUCAUAUGUAAAUGCUGGCCAACCUAAGAUGGGUGAGAUUCUAUUGAGGGAACUGGAGACAGGAGAAGUGAAACCGUCUUAUGAAAUAUACCUUGCAUUGUUCCGAUCAUUUGCUCAUCUUGGAGAUGUUAAUGGAGCUUUACGAAUUUCAACAUCUAUGCAAUUUGCAGGAUUUCAGGCCACAAUGGAGACCUGUACAUUGCUUGUUGAGGCAUAUGAGCGUGCAGACAACCCUGAUAUGGCCAGAACUAGCUUUGACUACAUGAUAAAAGUUGGAUUUAAGCCUGAUGACAGGGUUACUGCUAGCAUGAUAUCGGCUUAUGAGAGGAAAAAUUUAUUGGACAAGGCACUAAAUCUUCUUUUGAAGCUAGAGCAGGAUGGGUUUGAGCCUGGGAUUGCCACUAACACUGUUCUUGUGGACUGGUUCGCAAAGAUGCAGCUUGUUGACGAGGCUGAACAACUUUUGGGGAAAAUUGCUCAGCAGGGCGAGGCUCCUCCUUUAAAAAUUCAAGUGAGUCUUUGUGAUAUGUACGCAAGGUUAGGAAAUGAGAAAAAGGCCCUUCAAGCUCUGGGAGUUCUCGAGGCUAGAAAGGAUCAAUUAAGACAAGAUGAGUUUGAGAGAAUUAUAAGAAGUCUCCUUUCGGGUGGGUUUGUGCAGCAUGCUCGAAGAAUACGAGGAAUAAUGGAGGCACAGGGAUUUACUCCAUCACAGCCACUUGAAAUGGCUUUUAGGGGAGCUGAUCGUGGCGGCAGAAGGCCAGUUUUGAGAUAGUUCAGUUGUGUUGGGAAUGUUCUCUUUCUGGUCUCUUAGUGAUCAACCGAUGCGAUAGCUUGUCAUGGAAGCAACUGGAUGCUGGAAUAGUCGCAGCGUGUAACCAACAAAGAUUUGAGUUUUAAAUUGUCAGAUGACCAGUUUCUUAACCGGCCCAUGUCAAUGUUGCUGUUGUUAGUGGUUACAUGCUCGAGUGUUCAGAGGAACACCACCCCUCCUCUUCUUUUCAUCUCUUUAUUAUUCUCUUGUUAGGUUGCUCGUUUUGUAGCACAUUAAUGGGACUGGCAAUAUCUUCCAAAUAAGCAUUUUUGUUGGCAUGUUGAUCCUGGUCUGUCAUGUGUUUCUAAUCCUAUAGAGAGUGGAGUUCGUGUUAGUGCGCACAUCUGUGACAAAUGUUGCAUUUAGAAGCUUCUUAUAACACACUAACCCCAGUUGAAGAGGAUCUGGUGGUUUCACAUUCUUUUAUUCUACAAUGUGCUGUUUGUCUGUGGUCUGACACUAUUGUUGUUGUCAAGUGUAUCAAGUAUUUGGCAUUAUAUUUUGACAUUUGUAUUUUAGGAAGCGCUUUGGUGGA